AUGUUGGCAGGACUUAAGGGCAUCAAGGCUGAUAAAUGUAAUGAUCUUUCACUUGCUCACCUUCAAUUUUUCUGGCUCGGGAUCCUCUCUUCGAUCCUCCUCUGCUUGACUUCUGGAUAUAAUAUGAAUAAUGCAUUGAUUCAACUGUUUGCACCAGGUCUAGGAUGUACAAGAAGUAUACUGCGAUGUAAAUUAGUAGCUUUGGAGAUGGUUAUCACUUGUGGAUGCACUGAAAGUCUUGAUAGAUUCAAUAGUGACAUUGGUGAGGAGGAAGUGACAACACACAUAAUUGGGUGGUUAACAUUCCCAAUAAAGCCCAAUUGAAAAGGCUGCCAAAGAACUUGGAACAGAAUCAGAGUCACAUGGGGAAAAUGUAGUCAUAGACUCAUGACUGGUCUAAUACUUCAAUGUUUUAGAUGAAGAAGAG